AUGUAUAACACCACAAUCAUUACCAAAUCAAUGGAAAAGCAUAUCAAGGCAUUGAAGCAAUCGGGAAAGUCAUCCAAGCAAGCUGAAGCACAAGCCAAGAAAACUGCUGUCAGAAAGGACAAAAGCAAAAAGGAUGAGGCUGUUGUGGAUUCUGCAAAGAAACAGGAACUUUUGAGAAAGCCACGGGAAUAUGAAGUCAAAUUCACAAUACCAUGCCCUCCUCCACUGAAUCCACCAAUUUUGGGCUUGAAAGAUGUCAAAUUUGGAUACCCCGACCAGCCUUUACUCUUCAAAAUGGUUAAUUUUGGUAUCGAUAUGUCUUCAAGAGUUGCUUUAGUCGGGCCAAAUGGUGUUGGAAAAAGUACGUUUCUUAAACUUCUUUGUGGGAGAUUACAACCACUGGAGGGAGAGCUGAUAAAGAAUCCAAGAGUGCGUAUUGGCUUUUACAAUCAACAUUCGGCAGACCAGCUAAACUUGAACGAGUCGUCUGUAGAAUAUAUGCAGCGUGAAUUCAACCUUGAUUACCAAGAUAGUCGAAAACUUCUUGGAAGAUUUGGUUUACCCGGUCAUGCACAUACUAUAAAGAUCAGAGACCUCUCAGGUGGGCAAAAGUCGAGGGUAGCUUUAGCUGAUAUGGCAUCGAGGCAGCCUGAUAUAAUUAUCUUGGACGAACCUACAAAUAAUUUGGAUAUUGAAUCAAUCGAUGCACUUGCCGACGCUAUUAAUAAAUUUACUGGAGGGGUGAUUAUUGUCAGCCAUGAUGCUCGACUUAUAUUAGAAACAGACUGUCGUCUCUCGAUUGUUGAGGACCAGUCAGUGGAAGAGAUCGACGGGGAUUUUGAUGAUUAUAGAAAGGAAAUUCUCGAAGCACUUGAAGAGCCUAUUGCAAACAAACACUAACUUCUGUUAUUCAAAAUCAAUUUUACAUUUAUUGGUUGGUGUAGUACAAAGUAUAAGAAUUUCCUUCGCACAACCUCGCUUUGUCCUGUUUU